GUCAUUUAUAACACUAUGCAGACCAUCAAGUGCGUUGUUGUUGGAGAUGGUGCUGUAGGCAAAACCUGUCUACUCAUUUCAUACACUACCAACAAAUUCCCCUCAGAAUAUGUGCCUACAGUCUUUGAUAACUAUGCCGUCACCGUCAUGAUUGGAAACGAGCCGUAUACUCUCGGUCUUUUUGAUACUGCAGGACAAGAAGAUUAUGACCGUCUUCGUCCACUUUCUUAUCCACAAACAGACGUGUUUCUGGUUUGCUUUUCAGUGGUCUCGCCUGCCUCGUUCGAGAACGUAAAGGAAAAAUGGUUUCCCGAGGUUCGGCACCAUUGUCCAGGAGUUCCGUGUUUGAUUGUUGGAACUCAAAUGGAUUUGCGAGAUGACAAUGCCACAAUUGAAAAACUAGCUAAAAAUCGUCAGAAGCCCAUCACAACUGAUUCCGGAGACCGUAUGGCAAGAGAAUUGCAGGCCGUCAAAUACCUCGAGUGUUCUGCAUUGACACAAAAGGGACUCAAGAAUGUAUUUGAUGAAGCAAUCAUUGCAGCAUUAGAGCCUCCUACGAAGAAUAAGAGGAAGUGUCUACUGCUAUAAGUAGAAUUGAGGAUCUCAACAAUAAGGUGUUUUGCUCUUUCUGUGUCUGGCCAAAACCUCGAGCUAAUAUUUUGCUUUGACCUCUCUUCCUCCUCUGUUUAGCCUUUGGAGUUUACUGGCUUUGAUUUUUCCUUUUUACUCUUACUACUCAGCCUAUCCUGUGGAAAUUCACUCUCCAUUAUGACUUCCCUCCCAUCGUUUUAUUAAAACAAUUUUCUACUUA